AUGGUGAAUACAAAUUCAUAUAGUCAAAGAGCCGAGCUCAGUUCGUCGCCAGUGACAAGGCGCUUGUUUAAUUUGAUGGAGGAGAAAAAGUCUAAUUUAUGUGCCUCAAUCGAUGUACGCACCACUGCAGAGUUUUUGCUGUUGGUGGAUAAACUUGGUCCUUUUAUUUGUUUGGUCAAGACCCACAUUGACAUAAUUGACGAUUUCUCCUACGAGAAAACCAUCCUACCGCUCCUUGAACUUUCCAAAAAGCACAAGUUUAUGAUUUUUGAGGAUAGAAAAUUUGCAGACAUUGGAAAUACAGUUAAAGCUCAGUACACAGGAGGUGUUUAUAGAAUUGCAGAGUGGUCUGACAUCACCAAUGCCCAUGGGGUAACCGGAGAAGGUGUUGUAAAAGGAUUAAAAGAAGGUGCUAGCGAAGUUACGGAUCAACCGCGUGGAUUGCUCAUGUUAGCAGAACUCUCCUCGAAAGGAUCAUUAGCGUACGGAGAGUAUUCAGCAAAAACAGUCGAGAUUGCCAAAUCGGACAAAGAGUUUGUUAUGGGAUUCAUUGCGCAAAGGGAUAUGGGUGGUGCUGAUGAAGGGUUCGAUUGGGUUAUUAUGACUCCGGGCGUAGGAUUGGAUGAUAAAGGUGAUAGCUUGGGUCAACAGUAUAGAACUGUUGAUGAGGUAGUAUCUACAGGUACAGAUAUCAUUAUUGUUGGUAGAGGCUUAUUUGGAAAAGGUAGAGACCCAACAGUAGAAGGAAAGAGAUACCAAAAAGCGGGGUGGGAUGCUUAUUUGCACAGAACUAAGUAG